AUGGAGGCAGAGGGCCUCCUCGUCCCUCGGGUGCUGUGGCUGCUCCUCUGGGUGCAGCUCUGCAGGGGUGCUGCGGAGGUGAGGCUGGAGGCUGGAGGCAGGCGCUGUGCUGGGAGAGUGGAGGUGAAACACCAGGACCAGUGGGGGACGGUGUGUGGCCAUGGCUGGGACAUGAAAGAUGCUGCUGUAGUUUGUAAGCAGCUGGACUGUGGAUCUGCUCUCCAAGCCCCUCAGUAUGGAUAUUUUGGGCCAGGAUCUGGGCCGAUUUGGCUGAGCUAUCUUGAGUGUGAUGGCACCGAGGCUGCCCUGUCCGAGUGCAGUCAUGAUGGUUGGGGUGAACAUGACUGCAUUCAUGCUUGGGAUGCUGCAGUGGUUUGUUCGGGAUUUGUCCAGCUGGUUGGAGGAGACAGCCCCUGCUCAGGACGUGUGGAGAUCAGAGAUGGAGACCAGUGGAGACCAGUCUGUGACCCUCACUUUGGUCUCAAAGCUGCCGAUGUUAUCUGCAGGGAGCUGCAGUGUGGCACAGCCCUGUCCGUCCCCGGAGGAGCUCACUUUGGAGAGGGGGUCGGGCCCACCUGGAACGGAGAGCUGCAGUGUGUGGGGAGUGAAUCCCUCCUCUCCUCCUGCCCCAGGAUGUCCCUCAGCAACCAGACCUGCACCCAUGCGAACGAUGCUGGUGUCACCUGCACACAGUACACAGGAUUCAGGCUGGUGAAUGGCAGCACGGUGUGUUCGGGGCGGGUGGAGAUCCAGGUGCUGGGAACCUGGGGAAGCCUCUGUGACUCUCGCUGGGACGUCGCCGAUGCCCACGUUCUCUGCCAUCAACUCAACUGUGGAUUUGCUGAGUCCGUUCCUGGAGGAGGGCAUUUUGGGAGAGGAACCGGCCCUGUCUGGAGAGACAGCUUCCACUGCAACGGGACUGAAUCCCAUUUGGGACAGUGCUCUGUGACUGCCGUGGGGGCCUCCCCAUGCUCACAUGACAAUAGUGCUGGUGUUUUUUGCUCAGGACCCUCUGAAUCCCUGCGGCUGGUGGACGGAGGGAGCCGGUGUGACGGGCGAGUGGAGAUGUCCCUGCACGGGGCGUGGGGCAGAGUCCUGGAUGACCAGUGGGACAUGGACGAUGCCAGCGUGGUGUGCCGGCAGCUCCAGUGCAGAGAGGCAGAGCGAGCCUACAACCCGCCGAAGCCUGAGCGAGGGACGGGCCCUGUGGGGCUGAGAAGGGUCCGGUGUGCAGGGGAGGAGACUCGCCUGGCCCUCUGCAACACCUCCCUGCUGGAGGCAGCGCCGGCAGGAAUUGCUGAGGACGUGGGGGUGGUUUGCUCGGGGAGCCGGCGGGUCCGGCUGGUGAACGGGACAAGGCGCUGUGCCGGGAGAGUGGAGAUCUACUACCGGGGCACCUGGGGGACCGUCUGCGAUGACUCCUGGGACCUGUCUGACGCCACCGUGGUUUGCCACCAGCUGGGCUGUGGGGUGGCUGUGGAGGCGGCCGGCUCUGCUCGUUAUGGGGAAGGCUCCGGGCAGAUCUGGCUGGACGACGUGAACUGCUCCGGGGGUGAAGCUGCUCUCUGGGACUGCCCUGCCGGGGCCUGGGGGCAGCACAACUGCAGGCACAAAGAGGACGCAGGAGUCGUCUGCUCAGAGUUUGUGGCCCUGAGGCUGGAGAACAGCGACGGCUGCUCUGGGCGCCUGCGGGUUUUCUACAACGGGACGUGGGGGAGUGUUUGCUCCAACUCGAUGACUCCUGACACCGUGUCUCUGGUGUGCAAAGAGCUGGGCUGUGGAGAUGGAGGGUUCAUUGAAACACAUCUGGUGUAUGGCAAGGUAUCUGGCCCCGCAUGGCUGGAUUAUGUUCAAUGUGGGAAGAUGAACAGCUCCUUUUGGCAGUGCCCCUCUGCUCCCUGGGACCCGCAAUCUUGUGAUGACCAACGAGAAGAGACUCACAUCACCUGCAAUGGGAGACGACCAGAAACGCCCCCAGCCCCGGUGGCCGAGUGCCCCAACUCUACAAGCUGCACAGAGACGGAGAAGAUUCGUGCCGUGGGAGGAGAGGACGGGUGCUCGGGCAGAGUGGAGGUUUGGCACCGCGGCUCCUGGGGGACAGUGUGCGACGACUCCUGGGACCUGAAGGACGCUGAGGUGGCGUGCAGGCAGCUGGGCUGCGGCCCCGCGGUGUCUGCCCUGGGGGAGGCUGCGUUUGGGGAGGGGACGGGUCCCAUCUGGCUGGAGCAGGUGGAGUGCCGAGGGACGGAGCGGUCUCUCUGGGACUGCUGGGCCCAGCCCGGGAGCGGUGCCUGCCAGCACAAGGAAGAUGCUGCCGUGAAUUGCUCCGGUGAGUGGCAGACGACAACGUCACCCCCCCGAGCAGAUCCCACCCAGGGCCGUGCGAGGGACAGCGGGAGAGUCUCGGUGCCUGUCGUCAUCUGCAUCGUCCUGGGGGCCCUGCUCUUGCUGCUCCUGGCCCUCCUGGUGGGGCAAGUGCGAAGUGCCAGGGCUCAGCGCAGAGGCUCGAGGAGGUCUCUGGAGCCCUUCUCUGAGGCCGUGUACCAGGAGAUCGACUACAGCCUGACGUGGGAGAAGCAGGCGAGGUUUGGUCGUUCAGGCUCCUCUUCAGAGGGGUCCCUGACCAAGCUGCAUCCUGACCCCAGGGACAGUGAGGAGGAGGACGGUCCUGGGUCAGCCCCAGAUGGCCUCAUCCUGCCCAGAGGUGACCCAGGAGAUGGCUAUGACGAUGCCAGGGACGUCUCUGACCCCGGGGAGGAUCUUGUUCCUGGGCAGCAAGAUUGGGAAGCGCCCAGGGAAGCAGAGGAGGGAGAUGGGCCCAGGGAGGCACAGAGAGACACGGGAUACGAUGAUGCUGAAGAGGUGUCUCUGGCACAUGCCCAUGAGGACAUCAAGGUUGUGAGACUGGACCCUGGUGCCAAAAGGUCCCUGAGCCCAGGGCCAGGAGAGACCACCCCUGCCAUGUGGUUGGGUGCACCUGGGAUGGAAGAGAGGUCUGAGCAGCUGGGAGAGCCGCUCUCCCCUCUACCUUAUGGGCUUUGUCAUGCCCUUGAUGACCUCACAUGCCUGCCCACCUGCUGCUGGCCAAUCAGCUGCUGUGAAAGGAGAGACCUCACAAUCAAACCCACCAAUGCCACCUUCACCUCCUCCUCCCUCUCACCUCCUCCCAAGCUCUCCUUGCUGCUGGGCAGCAUCUGUGAUGCUGUUGAUGACCUCAUAAUGCCAGCCUGCCCUCUUCUGGCCAAUCAGAUCUUCACUGCUGUGCUGAGGAUCCCCUCUGAGCAGGGCCGGCACAAAGCCUUUUCCACGUGCCUCCCUCACCGGGCUGUGGUCUCCCUGUUUGUCAGCACUAUCGUAUUUGCCCACCUGAAGCCUCCGUCCGUCUCCUCCCCAGCUCUGGAUCUGAUGAUUGCAGUUCUGUAUGUGGUGGUGCCUCCAGCAGUGAACCCCAUCAUCUAUAGCAUGAGGAACAAGGAGCUGAGAGAUGCAGGGAGGAAACUGAUCCAAUGGGGAAUUGGCUAUGGAUUUGGGGCUAGUGACACAGAUGGAGCCAAGGUCAAGGAUGGAGGGAUUGAGGAGGAAGAAGUACAUGGGAGUGUGGAGGCGGUGGUUGCAGGCUACGGCUGUGAUGAUCACCAUGUUCGAAG